AGGAGUCAUGUGAUACCAAGAUGGCGGUGCCGCAGUAGCUUCCCUGGGGCAGUACGGUCCUAGGAGCCGCGACAGUUUCUGCCCUUAGGUCGUGGAGAGUCUCCUUUGACUGAUUCUGCGGUAGCCCGUGGCGAGGAUUAAUGACCUGAUCAGAUCUGGGGCUGUUGAUGUCGCCGGUAGGUUCCGGGAAGUGCUGGUGACCUCGGAUCAGAAACCUUGCGCCGGCCGGGGAAAACGCUGGAGGAUGGCCAGCCUCCGUCAUCUGGACCUGCAGCUUUGGAGUUCAUGAGGCUUCCCAGGACAUCACAGGUCGCAAACCUCGAGAGUCUGCGGGAAUUCGAGUUCUUCGUUGUGUGAGAGGGCAGUUUAGGAUCCCCGGAAGUGCAAAGAAGGCCGCAAGAACUUCGCUUUCUCUUGCAGAGGCCUGACUCCACCGCCGACUAACCCUGCAUUAUUUUCCAUUUCCUCUCAAUGUGCUCUCCAUAUUUCAGGAAAUAUGAUCAGCGCCCCUGAUGUGGUGGCCUUCACCAAGGAAGAUGAAUACGAGGAAGAACCUUACAAUGAGCCCGCUUUGCCUGAGGAGUACUCAGUUCCUCUUUUUCCUUAUGCCAGCCAGGGGGCUAACCCCUGGUCUAAACUAUCUGGGGCCAAGUUCUCCAGGGACUUCAUCCUUAUUUCCGAGUUCUCUGAGCAGGUGGGACCCCAGCCCUUGCUUACCAUCCCCAAUGACACCAAAGUUUUUGGCACUUUUGAUCUCAAUUACUUCUCUUUGCGGAUUAUGUCAGUAGAUUACCAGGCUUCAUUCGUAGGCCAUCCUCCUGGUUCUGCCUACCCAAAGUUGAACUUUGUGGAGGACUCUAAAGUGGUACUGGGAGACUCUAAGGAAGGGGCCUUUGCAUAUGUGCACCACCUUACCUUGUAUGAUCUGGAGGCCAGGGGCUUUGUGAGGCCCUUUUGUAUGGCUUAUAUCUCUGCAGACCAGCAUAAAAUCAUGCAACAAUUCCAAGAGCUCUCAGCAGAAUUUUCCAGAGCAUCUGAGUGCUUGAAGAUGGGUAACAGGAAGGCAUUCGCUGGGGAACUUGAAAAAAAGCUAAAAGACUUGGAUUACACGAGGACAGUGCUACACACAGAAACAGAGAUCCAGAAGAAAGCCAAUGACAAGGGUUUUUAUUCUUCUCAGGCAAUUGAGAAAGCCAAUGAACUGGCCAAUGUAGAGAAGUCCAUCAUUGAACAUCAAGAUUUGCUGAGGCAGAUCCGCUCAUACCCUCGUCAGAAGAUGAAGAUGCCUGAUUUGCAUACUGGUGAUACAGAGCAUACCCAGGAUCAGGCUGACCAGGUAUCCACUACCUCUAAUCCUGAGGAGUCAGCUAAUGCAGACCUGUAUACCUGCAGGCCAGCCUACACCCCCAAACUCAUCAAAGCAAAGUCCACCAAGUGUUUUGACAAGAAGUUGAAGACCUUGGAGGAACUUUGUGACACUGAGUAUUUCACUCAGACCCUGGCCCAGCUUAGCCACAUAGAACACAUGUUCAGAGGAGAUCUGUGCUACCUCCUGACCAGUCAGAUUGACAGAGCACUUCGAAAACAACAGCCCAUAACAAAUUUCCUCUUUGAAGAUUUUGUAGAGGUUGAUGACAGGAUGGAGAAGCAAGAGAAUGUGCCCUCUCAGCUCAGUCAGGACAGGCUGCCUCCUAAGCCUAUAGAAGAAUGCCCCAUUCCUAAAGUGUUAAUUAGUGUUGGCUCUUACAAGUCCAGUGUGGAGUCUGUAUUGAUCAAGAUGGAGCAGGAACUUGGAGGCGAAGAGUACAAGGGAGUGGAGGCAACAGAGUCGAGCAGUUUUGACCCCCAAGAAAACCUGGACUACCUGGAUAUGGAUAUGAAAGGAAGCAUCAGCAGUGGGGAAAGCAUCGAGGUUCUGGGCACCGAGAAGUCAGCUUCUGUGUUGUCGAAAUCUGACAGCCAGGCCAGCCUCACCGUGCCAUUGAGCCCCCAUGUAGUGCGUAGCAAAGCGGUCAGCCACAGGACAAUCAGUGAGGACAGCAUUGAAGUCUUAAGCACCUGCCCUUCCGAGGCUCUCAUUCCCGACGACUUUAAGGCCAGCUACCCAAGUGCCAUUAACGAAGAAGAAGCCUAUGCAGAUAAUGAGGGGGCCAUCCAUUUCCAGGCAAGUGCCGGCUCACCAGAACUGGAUGAGACUCAGGAGGGCCACAUGGAAAAUAUCCCAUCCCAGAUAGACUCCAGCUGCUGUAUUGGAAAGGAGAGUGAAGGUCAAUUGGUGCCUCUCCCAACCCCAGCCUACACUCUUUCUGAUGAGGAUGGUGUGGUGAGCAUUCCCCCACAGCGCUACAUACAGAAGGACCAGGGGCUCCACGUGGACUUCGGGAUGGAAAGCACUGACCCUUCUCCCAGAGACAACAGUUGUGAAAUGUUCCCAGCUUAUGAGCUGGAUCCAAGCUGCCUUCUGGCUAGCCGAGAUGUUAGUAAGAUGAGCCUGGAUAACUACUCGGAUACCACUAGCUACAUGGGCAGUGUGGCCUCUACCAGCUCGGACAGAACCCCCCCUGUACCUCCUGCUGGCCUAUCCUCUGAGAGGCACAAAAAGAGAGCUGGCCAGAAUGCCUUAAAAUUCAUCCGCCAGUACCCCUUUGCCCACCCAGCCAUCUACUCCCUGCUCAGUGGGAGGACACUUGUGGUCCUGGGCGAAGAUGAAACCAUAGUCAGGAAGCUGGUAACUGCACUGUCCAUCUUUGUUCCCAACUAUGGCUGCUAUGCCAAGCCGGUGAAGCACUGGAUUUCCUCCCCUUUGCAUAUUAUGGAUUUUCAGAAGUGGAAGCUUAUUGGCCUACAAAGAGUGGCCUCUCCUGCCAAUGUGGGUACUCUCCAUACCCUGAGCCGUUACAGCCGCUAUACAAGCAUCCUGGACCUAGACAGCAAGACCCUACGCUGUCCCCUGUACAGGGGUACACUGGUGCCCCGCCUGGCUGACCAUCGCACUCAGAUCAAACGGGGCAGCACAUACUACCUUCAUGUCCAGAGCAUGCUCACCCAGCUCUGCUCUAAGGCAUUCCUCUAUACCUUUUGCCACCACUUGCAUCUACCUGCCCAUAGUGAGGAGACACAAGAAGCAGUGGCCAGCAGACAAACCAGCUUCCUAAAGCUAAACCUGGGACUAGUGAACGAGGACAUCAGAGUGGUGCAGUACCUGGCUGAGCUGUUGAAAUUGCACUAUAUGCAGGAUUCACCUGGGACCACCCACCCACUGCUCAGGUUUGACUAUGUCCCCAGCUUUUUGUACAAAAUCUAAGGGUUCCAGCCACUGUGACCAAGACCUGUGACUCAGGGUAUGAGGAGGGAGAAGGGUUGUUGUGACUAAAUGGUUGCCUGAGCUGGAGUGUUGAGCCUUGUGGUGUCAGCAGGAAGGAAACAGGUGGAGUGAUAGUUCCAACAUAGCCCUGGGCAGUGUGUGAAGUGGGCUGACGGAGGAAGCUAGAAGAACAACACUAGCAGCUGCUCUUGGCUCCUUAGGGAAGUAGCUCCAAAUAAGGGGGUAUCCUUAAUUUUCCAAGGAUCAGCAGUCUGAGCAGGAAGAGAAAGCUCCAGACUGUGGGACUGGGAAAGAUGAGGCUAAGUAGCCAAAGCUCAGCGACAUCUGAGUGGCACAAUCAGCUUGGCACUGAUGUCUUGGUGGGAAGCAGGACAGCCAUUGCCUCCAUCCACCUCGACCAAGGCUCGUGAUUUGGCAUCCUGGAGCCUGAUAACUGAGGGGAGGCUCCUGAACAAGGACACGAAGGAACAGUGCUCUGGUCAGUUGGAGACACACAUCUGGGUGGCAGACCACAAGCAGCCCCUGUCCUAUCUUUGCCUCUAUCAAGUCCCUGGCAUCAUUGUGACAGUGGUCACUAGCCCUGGAUGUGAAGCAGAUGCCAAAUGGCUACAGCCAGUUUGAGAAGUACCUUGGGAGAUGUAGAUGAAGCAGACCAUAAGGCCAUCACCACUGUGUGUGGCAGGAGCUGCCCACUGGCUCCUCUCAGCCAGAACAUUAACUCCAACGUCCCCUGAGAAGAUUUGCAGACACUUACCUCCUGAGGGCUUGUGGGCUUGAUGACAGCUAAGUUCUGGCUGUCUAGCUGGUGUGCUGACUGAAACAUAGGAGCAAGGAUGUCCUGUACUAGCUCCUGGGUGGCUAUCUUUAUAUACACAUCUGGGAGGCAUUGUACACUUCCCACAAUCAUUCCCAUGUUGUUCCUUUCCCUUUCAAGGAACUUUGAACCUGGGAGGAAGGCACUUUUUAGUCCCCACCUGAUCCCCUGGUGGCCAUCAUGUCCUCCCUGGGAUUCCUGUUGCAGCUGCUCUUGUGUGCAUGGAAUGCUUCUUGUUAUCUUGAAAAUGUGAGACCUUUUUAAAACUUUUCUCCCUAAACAGGAGAAGCUCUGGUUGUUACUGCUGCUUUUAAAUUUGCUCCAAAAAGCUGUAGUAAAUUGGACCUGGAUCAGCAGCCUGCUGUACGCAUCAGUUAGAUGCUGUGUCCCUGCCCUCAGGUCUGUCAGCAGGUCACACUACUGAGGUCUCAGAGGGAACCUGUGGAAGCCAAGAAACCAAAGAUGGCUUGCACAUGUCACUCGUGUCACAUUCCUUGCCUAGGUCUUUGACACAAAGUGGCAUUCUGUUGGUCCUGGUCAGUGGCUUCAGGUCAUGGUCUCUUUUUCAUGUUAGAGGGUAUGUGAUUUUGCUUUUGAGACUGUGACAAGAUGGCACUGCCUGCACUAGUUUGCAUCUGUGACAUGACACCUUGGUAGCUAUGGUUUCUCCCCAUGGGUUCCAUCAUCUGCUAUUGCUGUUUAGUGUUCUAGAUGACACCAUUGACUGGUUGGCUAAGUACCAUUUCCUCAGGCCUCCAAGGAGGAAUGUGCUAGAGUUCAGAGCCAGGCUAGGAGCUGUUCAGUUGCUGGGACUACUGCCUAACAUGGUGAACACUGUGUGUGAACACAGCAGCCAUGCUUGACUUUCUGGAUACUGAAAGUGAACGGGCGCGCGCACACACACAAACACAUACUCUCACUCACUUCUGGAUACUGAAAGUACACACACACUCCUGAAUACUGAAAGCUCACACAUACACACAUGCACACGUGCAAGUAUCUCCUUGACACUCUGCCACAGGGUAUCUCAGAAGACAAAGCCAAGACUCGUGGGGAAUGGGCAGAACACUUGUGUGGCAGCCAUAGAAAUGGUGAACAGGUGCCUCUCUUGAAUAGCUCCUCACUAAGACUAACGGGUUUGAACUCCA